UAUUUGACAUGUCGGAUAAUGGCGCUUCUGUCAAAUUUCAAAUGUGUGAAAUAAAUCCCGCAAAUUCUCCUUUCUUACUCCGCCAGUUGAUUCCCAGUGAGGGAAGCGUUUCUAUAGACGACUACUUGAAUGCAGUGGUUAUGCUCAUGCCCGGAUACGUAGACAGUGACUUCAUACUCAUUUUUCAGUGCACGUCCAGUGGCCGUCGCUCCUCUAUUUGAAUGGAUUUAUCGUAAAGAAAACAAACAAGCUGCCAUCUAUGUGUUCGCGCUGAUUUACAGACAUGUAAGGAAACGUGAAGAUUAUCGAUUCUUUCCGACGGACUGUUGCGUUUAGGUGGCAGCAAUGGUGGAAGCAUGUGCUCCUUCCUCUUAGAGGAAUAAUGCUGAAAUUGAUGAAUGUGGAGUCGCUCUAAAUCAUCAGAAUACAAUGAACACCACUCUUACACCCUCGGACCUGGUGGAUGUGCCAAGACUGCAGACCUUCAAUGGCACCCUGGGUAACCAGACCCCCUCGGGCUGGGCCGUGAUCCACACUGCUACCUUGACUUUUUGUUCUCUCCUCCUCAUCUUUAUCUUCUUCCUGGGCUCUUACGGCAAUCUUGUGGUGUUCCUGUCUUUUUUCGACCCGGCGUUUCGCAAGUUCCGCACCAACUUUGACUUCAUGAUCCUCAACCUGUCCUUCUGCGACUUGUUCAUUUGUUGCGUGACCGCUCCCAUGUUUGCGCUGGUGCUCUUCCUGGAUGCAGGCGGAGGGGACGGCGUGUCAAAGAGUUUCUGCUUCGCCUUCCACUUGACCAGUUCGGGCUUCAUCAUCAUGUCCCUGGAGACGGUGGCUGUCAUUGCUUUGCACAGACUCCGCAUGGUUUUGGGACAGCAGCCCAACCGCACUGCUUCCUUCCCCUGCACGCUGGCCCUGACCGCCCUGCUGUGGACAUCCAGCUUCACAAUCGCUGCUCUCCUCACCAUGCGUGCAUACCCACGCAAAGAUGGACCCUGCUUGCCCCACUUUGGCCUGGGGAGUGGGCAGGCCAGGGUUGUGUUGUACGUCUACCUGGCAGAUUUUGCCUUUUGUGUUGCUGUGGUGUCUGUGUCGUAUCUGAUGAUUGCUCAGACCCUGAGGAAGAACGCGCAAGUAAGGAAAUGCCCAAUCAUCACUGUAGAUGCCACCUGCCCUCCACCCCCACCACCUCUCAUUGCAGCAGGCUUUGAGAGCAUGCAGUGUGCCGUUCAAGGCCCCUCUCUGUACCGUAACCAGACUUACAACAAACUGCAGAAUGUACAAACGCACGCCUAUGCCAACAGGACCAACCAGCCGGCAGUUCCAGGGGCCGCCCAAGGAGCCACCUGCUGUCAGCUGGUCUCCACAGUCAACUUAGCCACAGCCAAAGACUCCAAGGCAGUUGUCACCUGUGUAGUUAUAGUGUUCUCUGUGUUACUCUGCUGCCUACCGAUGGGAGUUUCACUGGCGCAGGAUGUUUUGUCACCAGAAAGCAGCUUUGCACAUUACCAGUUCGAACUGUGUGGCUUUGUGCUCAUUUUUCUCAAAUCAGGCAUCAAUCCGUUUGUGUACUCGCGCAACAGUGCAGGCCUCCGCCGCCGCGUGCUGUGCUGCAUUCAGUGGGCCGCGCUUGGAUUUCUGUGCUGCAAGCAAAAGACACGCCUGCACGCAAUGGGGAAGGGGAGCCUGGAAGUCAAUCGCAAUAAAUCCUCCCAUCACGAGACCAACUCGGCCUACGUGCUGUCACCUAAGCCUCAGAAGAGGCUGGUAGACCAGGCUUGUGGACCCAGUCAUUCCCGGGAUUGCGCUGGCAGUCCCAGGGCGACCGGUACACGCAAACCUCGCCUCCCGAGCACCUCUACACCCAUCAACACCCGGAUUGAGCCCUACUACAGUAUAUACAACAGCAGUCCCUCAGCAGGGCCCAGCUCCCCCACCAGCCUACAGCCUGUCAGCUCUCAGACAUUUGCCUUUGCCAAGUCCUAUGUAGCCAUGCACUACCACACUCACCAAGAUGCUCUGCAGGACUUUGAAAGCACCUCAGUGCACCAGAUUCCUGUGCCCUCGGUAUAAUCAAAGAACAGAAAGCUUUGGACAAUCUCUCCAUGACUUUAAAUCCAAUGUGAAUCAAAGGAGGAACAUGUAAACAGGCCAUUUUUAUGUCUUUGGACUCGGUAUUAACAUUUUUGUUCUCUCCUACAGUAGAAAGAUGUUGCAAUUUUGUGACUGGAGAAAUGACAAGAACCAGAAUUACAGUAUAAACUUUGCCUUGGAAACUGAAACGAGAA